CCUAACCUCUAUUUGAAUAAGUUAUUUUUAGACAACCUUGAACCUAAAUUGGAAAUCCCCGUUAACAAUGAUAAGCAUAAACAGUAACAUGCGAUUUUUUUUUAUAAACUUAAAGAUAAACGAUUGACAUAAAAAUGGAUACACUUUCUUUGGUUUUCUUGACUGGCAUUACAUUAUUAACUGUACUGGUCAUGACAAGCGAGGCACACAACAAAAUCUGCCUAGAUCGAUAUUGUUCCGACAAAAAGCCGUAUUGUACGCCUGUCGGUUGUGUGUUUCAUUGUCCUAAAGGAACGUUUUAUAACGACAGUGACUGCGUUAUUCACUGUGGAGAUAUGUUCAUUGACAACAGGACUUGUGUUCUUUUGUGUCCAAACACAAGCCAUUUGGUUCAAGAACAAAUCGUAGUGCAAGGUCUGCAAUUUUAUAAAUACAAGAUUUGCAAAAAUGUUUGCCCACUGCAUAUGUUUGAGCUUAAUGACAUGUGUUUGGAUACUUGUCCAGAUAACAAAGGAUAUGUUCACAGAGGAAAAUGUAUUGCAGAAUGUCCUAAUACAAGCCCCUAUCAUAUGAAUAUCUUUUCAAACAAUCGCAUUGUUGCAAUUGAAUGUAUAUCCUCUUGCAGCAGUGGAACUCCUUUUCUUAAAAGUGGAUACUGUGUUUCAGUGUGUAACAAAACAGAAGUUGUUUUCGAGGGGAAAUGUUCCCAAAGAUGUCCAGGCGAGCUUAAUCAUCUUAAUUUACAGUCGUGUAUCGCUGUAGGAAAGUGCAAGAAUGAAUGGCCUGAACAGGUAUACUGUUCAUCGACGUGUCCGGAAAAUUAUUAUUCUUUUAAUAAAACUUGUACAAGUAAAUGUCCAGUUGAAAUGAAUAAAAUUUUUAACGCAAAAUGCAUCAGCGCUUGUCCACGUUCACACCCGUACCAUGUGAUGUUAUGGAAAUCCGUUUCAGAAAAACUUUAUUCCUGCACUGACAAAUGUCCCGUUAAAACAAAUGUUGCUACGUUAGAAUGUGUUACAUAUUGUGACAAGGGAGCAAUUACCUUUAAAGACAAAUGCGUAGAGUCAUGUCCACAGAAUACAUAUCUAUCAUCUAAAACAAACGAUGAAAAAAUAUGCGUUGAGGUUUGCCCAACAUUUGCAUAUAAGGAUAAAUGCGUUGACACCUGUCCAAAGUUCUUUAUCAACAAGACAUGCGUAGACAGUUGCCCAAGUUUUUAUAAAACUCUGUACAAGAAAUCUUGUGAAGUCUCAUGUCCAGUAAACACGUGUUUGACAAUGGAUGGCGUAAAUUGUACGGACGACUGCUCAUUUAAUGUCGAAACGGGCAAACUAGUGUGUGUAUGCCCGGAGCAUUUCCCAUACAAACGGAAAAAUAGCUCUGGAUCCUUUUGCGUUUCUCAUUGUGAAAACCAUGAAGUUUUGGAUGAGGACAGAUGUAUAAAUGUUACGGAAUGUAAUAGACCUGUUUUAUCGCAAGGACAAUGUUUAGAUGAAUGUCCACUAGGAUACUUUUAUAUGAGUUAUGAUUACACUAAAGAAAUAAAUAAAACGGAUGCAAACUUUGAAGAAAACAUAUACAAAUAUACUGAUGAUAACUUAAGAGACGAUCCAUGCGAACUUGUUCAGAAUGUUUAUUUUGGCGUAUUUUUUUUUGGUUUUUCGUCAUUGUUUUAUGGGGUAGUCUAUUAUUUCCACGUUUCAACUAAACGCGUAACGUGUUUGCUGCAUCUUAAAAAACGGCUGAAACAUUGGCGAGUAGUAAAGGAACAAAGUUAAAUACAAGCAAACUGACCGACCAGCAGGACUUAGUACAAAAAAACUGGCGUUUGAAGAUGUUAUUUGUAAACCUAUCGUUUAUAACAAAAUUUUAAGUGUUUAAUAAUAAACCUAGCUAUUCUUGACUAUUCCUGCUGAAGGAAGAAGACGAGGGAUAUGAAGUUCUUAAAAUAACUUAUCAGGAGUUCGUGUGAUAAAUGUCACAGAGUUCUGUUGUACAUGUAUAUACUACAGAUACACUCGUCAAUAGUGGUCAUUUUCAUCUUUAAAAAUGUCUAGUUAAGUAGUUAAACACAUUUUCUUAUGAUAUAUGAAGAUCAGAUAAGAAAUUGUUAAUGAUGAUGCAAGUUCCAUAACAAUUCUUUAUAAUUCGAAAUUCGGAUAACCCAAAAAUUCAGACACUUGUGCAGUUCUUGUGUUAUUCAAUAUAGUUCAGUCUCUUGGAUAUAGUAUAUGUAUAAUUCUGUCAUAUCUUUGUAUUCAAAUAAUUCUAAAUAGAAACAUUGAUUUUAUCAAAUGUUUAAGAACUUUUAAUUAAAAUAAACAACAACAAAAAAUAAAGUUAACUUACUUGUUAUAAACUACC